AAAAUACGUUACUCCAUUACCUUUUUCUCCUCUCCCCUCCUUAUAAAGUGGUUUCUGUCGUUUCUUACGAGCGUCCGCUUCUCUAGGCUUCUCUCUGCAGAUCACACCUAGGGUUUCCAGAACCGCUCGGCUCAUAGAUGGUUGUUCUUCGAUCAUCGUCCGGCUCCUCCUCAUCAUCAAUUUACAGAAUUAUCCAACAAUAACCGGAUCGGUGCGGUGGAAUCGCGAUCAUGUUCGAAGCGCACGUUUUACACCUGCUUCGAAGAUAUUUGGGCGAAUACGUCCAUGGGCUCUCAGCAGAGGCCUUAAGAAUCAGUGUUUGGAAAGGGGAUGUUGUUCUCAGAGAUUUGAAACUGAAAGCAGAGGCACUAAAUUUGUUAAAACUUCCUGUCACAGUUAAAGCUGGUUUUGUUGGUACUAUAACAUUAAAGGUACCCUGGAAAAGUCUAGGCAAAGAACCUGUGAUUGUUCUCAUUGAUCGUGUCUUUGUUCUUGCUCAUCCUGCUCCUCAUGGAAGGACUCUUAAGGAGGAUGACAGAGAAAAACUUUUUGAAGCCAAAAUUCAGCAGAUUGAGGAAGCAGAGUCAGCAACCCUUGAAGGAAUAUCAAGAUCAAAGCUAGGAAGUCCACCUGCUGCAAAUUCAUGGCUGGGUUCUCUAAUUGCUACCAUAAUUGGAAAUCUUAAGAUUUCCAUUAGCAAUGUCCAUAUCAGAUAUGAGGAUUCUGUCAGUAAUCCAGGACAUCCAUUUUCUUCGGGUGUAACAUUAGCUAAGCUUGCUGCUGUUACCAUAGACGAGCAAGGGAAUGAAACCUUCGACACCAGUGGUGCCCUAGAUAAAUUGCGGAAGUUCUUGCAAGUUGAGAGGCUUGCUAUGUAUCAUGAUUCUAACAGUGAGCCUUGGAAGAUAGAAAAGAAGUGGGAAGAUCUCACUCCCAAAGAAUGGGUUGAGAUAUUUGAGGAUGGUAUUAAUGAACCUGCAACUGGUGGCGGAGUGGUGUCUAAAUGGGCUCAGAAUCGCAAUUAUUUGGUCUCACCAAUAAAUGGAAUCCUUAAGUAUCAUCGUCUUGGAAAACAAGAAAGAAAUGAUCCGGAGAUUCCUUUUGAGAAGGCGUCUCUUAGCCUCAAUGAUGUUUCUUUGACAAUUACAGAGGCUCAAUAUCAUGAUUCAAUAAAAAUUUUGGAAAUUGUUUCACGAUACAAGACAUAUAUUGAAGUUUCUCAUUUGAGACCAGUGGCUUCAGUUAAGGAGUCUUGUUACUUGUGGUGGCGUUAUGCUGCUCAAGCUAGCCUGCAGCAGAAGAAGAUGUGCUAUCGAUUUUCGUGGGGCCGAAUUCGGCAUUUUUGUCACCUUCGUCGGCGUUAUGUUCAAUUGUAUGCUGGUUUUCUGCAACAGUCAUUAAGUGAUAGCUCUGAACUUAGAAAAAUUGAGAAAGAUCUUGAUUCCAAAGUAAUUCUUCUAUGGAGGCUACUUGCGCAUGCUAAAGUUGAAUCGGUGAAGUCAAAAGAAGCAGCUGAACGGAGGAGGCUUAAAAAGAGAAGCUGGUUUUCAUUUAGAGGGAGUUCUCCCUCAGGUGAUGUCUCUGUCACAGAUGCUUCCGAGGAACCACAGUUGACUGAAGGAAGACUGACCAAAGAAGAAUGGCAGGCGAUCAAUAAGUUACUGAGUUACCAGCCAGACGAGGAGUUGAAUUUGCCUUCUGGAAAGGACAUGCAGAAUAUGAUCCAGUUCUUGGUAAAUGUGUCAAUUGGUCAAGCUGCUGCCAGGAUCAUCAGUAUGAAUCAGACGGAGAUUGUUUGUGGUAGAUUUGAGCAACUUGAUGUGUCCACCAAAUUUAAACAUCGGAGCAUCCACUGUGAUGUGUCAUUGAAGUUCUAUGGCCUAAAUGCUCCUGAAGGUUCACUUGCACAGAGUGUGAGUAGCAAGCAGAAGGAGAAUGCAUUAGUUGCUAGUUUUGUACGCUCACCUGUUGGAGAGAAUGUGGACUGGAGGCUUUCAGCUACUAUUUCUCCCUGCCAUGCUACGGUUUUGGUGGAAAGUUAUGAUCGCUUUCUUGAGUUUGUGCAGAGGAGUAAGGUGGUUAGCCCUAUUUUUGCAUUGGAAACUGCAACUGCAUUGCAGAUGAAAAUUGAGAAAGUGACUCGUAGAGCUCAAGAGCAAUUUCAAAUGGUAUUAGAAGAACAAAGCAGAUUUGCUCUCGACAUUGAUUUGGAUGCUCCAAAAAUUAGAGUUCCUAUACGAACAUGUGGCUCAUCCAGAUGUGAUAGCCAUUUUCUUUUGGAUUUUGGACAUUUUACCUUGCACACGAAGGAAACUGAAUCUGAUGAACAGAGGCAGAGUCUAUACUCUCGGUUUUAUAUUUCUGGGAGAGAUAUUGCUGCUUUCUUCACAGAUUGUGGUUCUGAUUGUCAGAACUGCACCUUCGUUGCUCCAGCCUAUAAUAGUCGACCUACCAUAUCUCCUGCACUGAAAGAUUCUGAUGACUUCUGCUCUCUCGUUGAUAGGUGUGGAAUGGCCGUAAUUGUUGAUCAGAUCAAGGUACCUCAUCCAAGUUAUCCAUCAACACGUGUUUCUGUUCGUCCAAAUCUUGGCAUUCAUUUUUCACCAGCAAGAUAUUACAGAUUGAUGGAAUUGUUAGACAUACUGAAUGGUACAAUGGAAAAGAGUAAUAAGUCUACCGUUGAAAAUUACCAAGCUGGACUUGCCCCUUGGAGUCUUGCAGAUCUUGCUACUGAUGCUAGAAUUCUUGUUUGGAGGGGAAUUGGCAAUUCCGUGGCUGCAUGGCAACCUUGUUUUCUUGUGUUGUCUAAUUUAUACCUUUAUAUUUUGGAAUCUGAAACAUCCCAGAGCUAUAUGCGAUGCUCAAGUAUGGCUGGUAAACAAGUAACUGAGGUCCCUUCUUCUAAUCUUGGUGGCUCACUGUUCUGCAUUGCUGUGAGUUUCAGAGGGAUGGACUUUCAGAAGGCUCUGGAAUCUUCUAGUACUUUGGUUAUAGAGUUUCGGGAUGAAGAGGAGAAGACUACUUGGUUGAGAGGACUUACACAAGCAACAUAUCGGGCUUCUGCUCCCGCUUUGGUAGAUGUACUUGGAGAAUCAAGUGAUGGUGUGACUGAAUUUGGUGAUCCUCGGGCCUCAAAUUUGAAAAAAGCUGACCUUGUUAUUAAUGGGGCAUUGCUGGAAACAAAGUUAUUAAUAUAUGGGAAGGCAGAGUAUGAAGGGCAUGGGAAACUAGAAGAAAUUUUAAUACUUGAGAUUCUUGCUGGUGGAGGAAAGGUUUAUAUGAUCAGUGCACGUUGUUUGUUGGAAGGUGACCUGACAGUCAAGAUGAAGCUUCAUUCCUUGAAAAUUAAAGAUGAGCUUCAGGGUCGUUCAUCUACAAGUUUGCAGUAUUUAGCCUGUUCUGUGCAUGAGAAUGACCAUUUAUUUGCUUCCCCUAGAAACUUGGAUCCUUCUGUCAAAGAGCUGUCUACGGCACAACCAGAGGAGGAUGAUAUUUUCAAAGACGCUUUGCAAGAUUUCAUGUCUCUUCCUGAUCAAGAAAGUAAUUUGCAACAUAUGGUUAUGCCCAAGUCUGCAUGGAUGGAGGAUGUCACUGACUUUGCUGAAGUUGAUUCUGCUGUAGCCUUAAUACAUGAAAUGGAUCUGGGGAAAGGAAAAGGCACUUCAAGUGAGACAUUUUUUGAGGCUCAGGAUAGCGACCGCUCUGAUUUUGUGUCUGUUACCUUUUUGACAAGGAAUCCUGGUUCACCUGAUUAUGAUGGUGUAGAUACACAGAUGAGCAUUUGCAUGUCCAAACUGGAGUUCUUUUGCAACAGACCCACUAUUGUUGCCUUAAUUGAUUUUGGCUUGGAUCUAAGCUCGCGAAAUUCUGGUGGAAGUAGUACAAAUGCUACAAAGGUUUCAGAUGAUGAGUCUUCGCUUAACAAAGACAAGACAGAAGAAAAUGAGUGUGUCUUUGUUAAAGGGUUGCUGGGUUAUGGUAAAAGCCGUGUCAUCUUCUAUUUAAACAUGAACAUGGACAGUGUGACUGUGUUUCUUAACAAGGAGGAUGGUUCUCAGCUUGCAAUGCUUGUACAGGAAAGUUUCCUGUUGGAUCUUAAGGUUCAACCAACUUCUCUUUCCAUUGAUGGAACAUUAGGAAAUUUCAGGCUGCGUGAUAUGGCCUUUGAAAUAGAUCAUUCUUGGGGUUGGCUCUGUGAUAUACGCAAUCCAGGGGUCGAAUCCCUUAUCAAGUUCACAUUCAAUUCUUAUAGUGUUGAAGAUGAUGAUUACAAAGGAUAUGACUAUAGCCUGUGUGGCCGGCUGUCUGCAGUUCGUAUUGUUUUCCUAUAUAGAUUUGUUCAGGAGGUAACUGCAUACUUCAUGGGACUUGCUACCCCACAUACCGAAGAAGUAAUUAAACUUGUUGACAAAGUUGGAGAUUUGGAGUGGUUGAUUCAGAAAUAUGAGAUUGAUGGGGCAUCUGCCAUAAAGUUGGACCUCUCACUGGACACUCCAAUAAUCAUUGUUCCAAGGAAUUCAAUGAGCAAAGAUUUCAUUCAACUUGACCUGGGCCAGCUAGAGAUCAGAAAUGAAGUCAGUUGGCAUGGAAACCAAGAGAAAGAUCCUUCAGCUGUCCAUCUUGAUAUUCUUCAUGCCGAGAUCCUGGGACUCAACAUGUCUGUGGGAGUCAAUGGUUGUAUGGGUAAACCAAUGAUAAGGGAAGGCCAAGGACUUGAUGUUUAUGUCCGACGCAGUUUGAGGGAUGUUUUCAGGAAAAUCCCCACAUUUUCUCUUGAAGUGAAGGUGGGUUUAUUGCAUAUUGUGAUGUCUGAUAAAGAAUAUAGCAUCAUCUUGGAUUGUGCAUGCAUGAAUUUAUGCGAAGAGCCAAGGCUUCCUCCAAGUUUCCGUGGAAGCACCACAGUUUCUGAAGACACAAUGCGACUGCUGGUUGAUAAAGUUAACAUGAAUAGUCAUAUCUUCCUGUCACGUAAUGUCACUAUAGUGGGGGUUGAAGUUAACUAUGCGUUACUGGAGUUAUGUAAUGCCAUUCAUGAGGAGUCUCCUCUGGCUCAUGUUGCACUUGAAGGGCUUUGGGCGUCGUACAGGAUGACUUCAUUAUCAGAAACUGAUCUUUAUGUAACAAUUCCCAAAUUCUCUAUUCUGGAUACUCGCCUUGAUACGAAGCCUGAAAUGCGCCUGAUGCUUGGAUCUUCUACUGAUGCUUCCAACCAAGCUUCUACUGUAAAUAGAGGUGGGUUUUCGAUGACAAACUUGGAAUCUGCACCUGGCGCAGAAGUUGCAACUUCAACUAUGUUCUUGAUGGACUACAGAUUGCGAGUAUCAUCUCAAUCAUAUGUUAUUCGGCUUCAGCAGCCACGGGUUCUUGUUGUGCCUGAUUUCCUUCUUGCUGUAGGAGAAUUUUUUGUGCCAGCUUUGGGAGCAAUAACAGGCAGGGAGGAAUUGAUGGACCCUAAGAAUGACCCUAUAAGUAGAAACAAGAGCAUAGUACUCUCUGAACCUGUUCACAAACAGAUAGAAGAUGUAGUGCACCUGUCCCCAAGUAGACAAUUAGUAGCAGAUGCUCUAGGGGUUAAUGAAUAUACAUAUGAUGGCUGUGGAAAAACUAUCUGUUUAAGUGCUGAAACAGAUUUGAAGGAAAUCUACUCAUCGAGAUCUCAAUCCAUUAUAAUCAUUGGUCGUGGUAAGAGGUUGCGGUUUGUAAAUGUAAAAAUUGAGAAUGGUUCCCUAUUGAGGAGAUACACAUACUUGAGUAAUGACAGCAGCUACUCAAUUUUGCGAGAAGAUGGUGUUGAGAUUUUGCUGCUGGAUGAAUCCUCAUAUGCUAAUGAUGAAAAGAGUCUAGACUACAUGGAUGAAACAUCAGAUACGUCGGAUACUUCUGCAUACACUCGAAGUGAUUCAAGUAAGACGCAGAGCUUCACUUUUGAAGCCCAGGUGGUAUCUCCUGAAUUCACCUUCUAUGAUGGUACAAAGUCCUACGUAGGUGAUUUUACACAUGGUGAAAAGCUUCUACGUGCAAAAAUGGAUUUGAGCUUCAUGUAUGCAUCAAAAGAAAAUGAUACCUGGAUUCGGGCUCUUAUGAAGGGUCUGACUCUUGAGGCUGGUUCAGGUCUUACUGUUCUUGAUCCAGUAGAUAUUUCAGGGGGAUAUACUUCUGUAAAAGAUAAAACAAAUAUAUCUCUCGUAGCAACAGAUAUAUGCAUCCAUCUUUCUCUUAGUGUCAUAUCUCUUGUACUUAACUUGCAAAAUCAGGCAACUGCAGCGCUACAAUUUGGAAAUGCCAAUCCCCUAGCUCCUUGUACCAACUUUGACCGAGUUUGGGUGUCCCCAAAAGAAAAUGGGCCCUGUGACAACCUUACCUUUUGGAGACCCCGAGCUCCUUCAAAUUAUGUUGUAUUGGGAGAUUGUGUGACAUCUAGCCCAAUACCUCCUUCUCAAGCAGUAAUGGCAGUAAGUAACACAUAUCAGCAUGUACGGAAGCCCCUUGGUUUCAAACUCAUUGGUUUAUUCUCGGGUAUCCAAGGAUUGGAAGCACGUGAAGAUAAUUAUGAUAUGGAUAGUGAUUGUUCUCUUUGGAUGCCAGUUGCACCACCAGGAUACUUAGCAUUGGGAUGUGUAGCGCAUGCAGGGGUCCAACCACCACCAACUCACAUUGUUUAUUGUAUACGUUCUGAUCUUGUAACAUCCACAACAUAUUUAGAAUGUAUCUUCAAUGCCCCCUCAAAUCCUCAGUUUUCAUCUGGAUUUAGCAUCUGGCGCGUGGACAAUGCUCUUGGAUCCUUUUAUGCCCAUCCUUCUGGAGAAUGCCCUCCCAAGAACAAUAGUUGUGAUCUUAGUCAGCUUGUUCAAUGGAAUUCUAACCGACAUCACUCAUCCACCAAAAUGUCUUCCUCUGAUAUGACCAUUGACCAUGAUUAUGGAAGUCAGCAAGCAAGUAACCAGAGUGCAACUUCAUCUGGAUGGGAGAUUCUCAGAUCAAUUUCAAGAGCAAAUAAUUGUUACAUGUCUACUCCAAAUUUCGAGAGAAUCUGGUGGGACAAGGGUAGUGAUCUCCGCCGACCAUUUUCCAUAUGGCGACCUAUAACACGUCCUGGUUAUGCUAUACUGGGUGAUUGCAUAACCGAAGGCUUAGAACCACCUGCUCUAGGUAUAAUUUUUAAGGCUGAUAAUCCUGAAAUCUCUGCAAAGCCUGUGCAGUUCACUAAAGUUGCCCACAUUGUGAGGAAAGGAGUUGAUGAAGUUUUCUUUUGGUACCCAAUUGCUCCCCCUGGUUAUGCUUCUCUUGGAUGCAUAGUCUCCAAAACAUAUGAAGCGCCCCAGAUGGAUUCAUUUUGCUGCCCGAGGAUGGAUCUUGUUAACCCAGCUAAUAUUCUUGAGGUGCCCAUUUCAAGAUCUUCAAGUUCAAAGGCAUCUCAGUGCUGGAGCAUUUGGAAAGUUGAAAACCAGGCCUGCACUUUCCUUGCACGCUCUGAUGCUAAAAAGCCAUCAAGCAGAUUGGCCUACACCAUAGGUGAUUCUGUAAAGCCAAAGACACGGGAGAACAUUACUGCUGAAAUGAAGUUAAGAUGCCUCUCCCUGACAGUUCUAGACAGCUUAUGUGGAAUGAUGACACCACUGUUUGACACGACAAUCACCAACAUUAAGCUUGCAACUCAUGGUCGACUGGAGGCAAUGAAUGCAGUACUAAUUUCUUCAAUCGCUGCAUCAACUUUUAACACACAAUUGGAAGCAUGGGAGCCACUUGUUGAGCCAUUUGAUGGGAUAUUUAAGUUUGAAACUUAUGAUACCAAUGCACAUCCACCAUCAAGACUUGGAAAGAGAGUGCGAAUUGCUGCUACCAGCAUCCUAAAUGUGAAUGUCAGUGCUGCAAAUCUUGAAGCUUUUGUAGAGACAGUUGUUUCAUGGAGAAGACAGAGAGAGCUUGAACAGAAGGCAACCAAGCUAAAUGAGGAAGCUGGUAGUCAUCAUAAACAUGGAGAUGGUUCAAAUUUUUCUGCAUUGGAUGAAGAUGAUUUUCAGACUGUUAUAAUAGAAAAUAAGCUUGGUUGUGAUAUGUAUCUGAAAAAGGUUGAACAAAAUUCAGAUUUAGUUGAACUGCUACAUCAUGAUGGCUCUGCUUCUGUAUGGAUUCCACCUCCAAGGUUUUCAGAUAGGUUAAAUGUUGCAGAUGAAUUUAGGGAGGCACGCUAUUAUGUUGCCAUACAGAUAUUGGAAGCUAAGGGUUUACCUAUUAUUGAUGAUGGUAACAGCCAUAAGUUCUUCUGUGCUUUGCGCCUUGUUGUUGAUAGCCAGGCAACAGAUCAGCAAAAGCUUUUCCCUCAGAGUGCAAGGACAAAAUGUGUCAAGCCUUUGGUUUCCAAAACUAAUGAUCUUGAUGAAGGCACUGCCAAGUGGAAUGAACUUUUCAUAUUUGAAGUUCCUCGAAAGGGGCUGGCUAGGUUGGAAGUGGAGGUGACAAACCUUGCAGCAAAAGCAGGAAAAGGUGAAGUCCUUGGUGCAUUUUCUAUUUCUAUUGAACAUGGUAAAAUCAUGCUGAAGAAAGUGGCUUCAGUGAGGAUGCUGCAUCAGCCACAUGAUAAUCACAAUAUUGUAUCAUAUCCACUGCAGAAAAGGGGUCAGCUUAGCAAUGAUGAAGACAUGUGUAACCUUGGAUGCUUGUUAGUUUCUACAUCUUAUUUUGAAAGUAAAAAAGUUGUAAACUUUCAAGAAGAUACAGAAAAUGAGAAUAGAGUUGAUAGAGAUGUUGGUUUCAGAGUGGGGCUUGGUCCAGAGGGUACAUGGGAGAGCUUUAGGUCAUUGCUUCCCCUGUCUGUGAUCCCCAAAACAUUAGAGGAUGAUUUUAUUGCUGUGGAAGUUGUCAUGAAAAAUGGCAAGAAGCAUGCAAUUUUCAGGAGUCUUGCAACAGUUGUUAAUGAUUCAGAUGUUAAAUUGGAUAUAUCCAUAUGUAGUGUGUCUAUGCCUCAUAGUCGUGAUCCCUCUUCAGAAACAAGAAGUCGUAACAUUGUGGUAGAAGAGGUCUUUCAGAACCAACGUUAUCAGUCAAUCUCUGGUUGGGGUAACAAGUGGCAUGGCUUUCCCACUAAUGAUCCAGGGCACUGGAGCACUAGGGACUUCUCAUAUUCAUCAAAAGAUUUCUUCGAACCUCCUCUUCCCCCUGGAUGGAAAUGGGCGUCAGGGUGGAGUAUUGACAAACCCCAGUUCGUUGACGUUGAUGGCUGGGCCUAUGGGCCUGACUAUCACAGUUUGAAAUGGCCUCCAACCUCCCUAAAGUCAGGCACAAAAUCAGCUGUUGAUGUUGUCCGUCGAAGGCGUUGGAUUCGUACGAGGGAGCAAGUCACUGAACAAGGCACAAAUAACAUGAGUGUUUUCACAGUCAUAAAUCCUGGAUCUUCUUCUAUUUUACCAUGGAAAAGCAUGUCCAAGAAUUCUGAUCAUUGUUUACAAGUUCGGCCAUGUGUUAAUUAUUCCCAACCCUCAUACUCAUGGAGUCGAGCAGUUUCUGUAGGUUCUGACCAUGCCAUGAAACAAGGAAAUAAAAUGGCCGUUGUUACAUUCAAGUUGAAUGAACUUGAGAAGAAAGAUAUGCUUUUGUGUUGUCGUCCGGAUACUGGGAGCAAAUUAUUUUGGUUUAGUGUUGGAGCAGAUGCUUCAGUUCUCCAUACAGAACUAAAUUCUCCUGUCUAUGAUUGGAAAAUAUCUAUCAACUCUCCUCUAAAGUUGGAUAACCGACUUCCUUGUCCAGCUGAAUUCACGAUCUGGGAAAAAACAAAAGAAGGGAAUAGCCUUGAACGAGAACAUGGUAUAAUCUCUUCACGUAAGAGUGUACACAUAUAUUCGGCUGAUGUCCAGAGACCUAUAUAUCUUUCAUUGUUUGUUCAGGGUGGUUGGGUUUUGGAGAAGGACCCUAUUCUUGUUUUGGAUCUUUCAUCUAAUGAGCAUGUUGCAUCCUUUUGGAUGGUUCACCAACAAAGUAAAAGGAGAUUGCGUGUGCGCAUUGAACGUGACAUGGGAGAAUGCAGUGCUGCACCCAAAACCAUAAGAUUUUUUGUUCCAUACUGGAUCAGUAAUGAUUCAUCUCUAUCUUUGGCAUAUCAAGUUGUAGAAAUUGAACCAGUGGACAAUGCAGAUGUUGAUUCCCUUUUGCUCUCUAGAGCAGUUAGAUCUGCAAAAACAGCGCUGAAAAAUCCUAUGAACUCAAUGGAAAGGAGGCAUCCUGGUGGAAGGAAAAAUAUUCAAGUACUAGAAGUGAUUGAGGACACAAGUCCAACACCCAGCAUGCUUUCUCCUCAAGACUAUGCAGGUCGUAGUGGGGUUAAUCUGUUUCCAUCUCGAAAUGAAGCACAUCUGUCCCCAAGGGUUGGCAUUUCUGUUGCUAUUCGUCAUUCUGAAAAUUUCAGUCCUGGGAUUUCUCUUUUUGAGCUGGAAAACAAGGGAAGGGUUGAUGUCAAGGCAUUUUAUUCAGAUGGCUCUUACUACAAGCUUUCAGCACUAAUGAACAUGACCUCCGAUAGAACAAAGGUUGUUCAUUUCCAGCCACAUACCUUGUUCAUUAAUAGGGUUGGUUGCAGUCUCUGCUUGCAGCAGUGUUAUUCUCAAUCAGAGGAGUGGAUUCAUCCCACUGAUCCUCCAAAAACCUUUGGAUGGCUGACCUCUGCCAAAGUUGAAUUGCUGAAGUUACGGUUGGAUGGUUACAAGUGGAGCUAUCCAUUUAGUAUCGAUACUGAAGGUGUGAUGUGCAUUUCCUUAAAGCACGAUACUGGAAGUGAAAAAGCAAAUUUAAGAGUAGAAGUAAGAAGUGGAACAAAAAGCUCACACUAUGAAGUUAUUUUCCGUCCCAAUUCAUCAUCAAGCCCUUACAGGAUUGAAAACCAUUCAAUGUUUUUACCAAUUCGCUUUCGACAAGUGGAUGGUGCAAGUGAUUCCUGGAGGUCUCUUCCUCCUAAUGCAGCUGCUUCUUUUUUAUGGGAAGACCUUGGCAGAAAACGGUUGUUGGAACUCUUGGUGGAUGGGACUGACCUGAAGAAAUCAGAAAAGUACAAUAUUGAUGAGAUUUUUGAUCACCAACCCAUCCAUGUGUCAGGUGCACCUGUCAAAGCUUUACGUGUUACUAUUUUGAAGGAAGAGAAAAUGAAUGUAAUUAAGAUUAGUGACUGGAUGCCAGAAAAUGAACCUCUGGCAAUUACAAGUGAAAGACUUCCACCAUCUUUGUUACAGUUUUCUACAAGUGAUCAACAUCAAGAAUCGCUUUCCACCUGUGAAUUUCAUGUUAUUGUUGAGAUUGCUGAGCUUGGACUAUCAAUUAUUGACCAUACACCUGAGGAGAUAUUGUACCUGUCAGUGCAGAAUCUUCUUUUCUCACAUUCAUCGGGCUUGGGCUCUGGAAUCAGUAGGUUUAAAUUGAGAAUGCUUGGAAUUCAAGUGGAUAACCAGUUACCAUUAACUCCGAUGCCUGUUCUCUUUAGACCACAGAGAGUUGGAGAUGAGACAGAUUACAUCCUCAAAUUUUCCAUGACGCUGCAAUCAAAUGGGUCAUUGGAUUUAUGUGUCUAUCCAUAUAUUGGUUUCCAUGGACCUGAAAAUUCUGCCUUCUUGAUAAACAUUCAUGAACCAAUAAUUUGGCGCCUUCAUGAGAUGAUCCAGCAGGUUAAUCUCAAUAGAUUAUAUGAUUCUCAGACCACUGCUGUUUCGUUUGAUCCAAUCAUUCAAAUUGGAGUUCUUAACAUAUCGGAAGUCCGACUCAGAGUAUCGAUGGCUAUGUCACCAAGUCAACGGCCAAGAGGUGUACUUGGGUUUUGGUCAUCAUUGAUGACUGCAUUGGGGAACAUGGAAAAUAUGCCUAUCAGGAUAAAUCAAAGAUUUCAUGAGAAUGUAUGCAUGCGACAGAGUGCUCUUAUUAGUAAUGCUAUCUCAAACAUUCAAAAGGAUCUUCUUAGCCAGCCACUUCAACUGCUGUCUGGCGUUGAUAUACUGGGUAAUGCAAGCAGUGCUCUAGGACAUAUGAGCAAAGGUGUGGCAGCCUUAUCUAUGGAUAAGAAGUUCAUACAAAACAGGCAGAGACAGGAAAACAAAGGUGUAGAAGACAUUGGUGAUGUUAUCAGAGAGGGAGGUGGAGCACUAGCAAAAGGCCUUUUUAGAGGAGUCACUGGCAUUUUGACAAAGCCCCUUGAGGGUGCAAAAUCUUCUGGUGUGGAGGGUUUUGUUCAGGGUGUUGGAAAAGGGAUAAUAGGUGCAGCAGCACAACCUGUGAGUGGUGUUUUGGAUCUUUUGUCUAAAACCACCGAAGGUGCCAAUGCUGUGAGAAUGAAGAUAGCAUCUGCUAUAACUUCAGAAGAACAACUCCUCCGCAGGAGGCUCCCUCGUGUAAUUGGUGGUGAUAAUUUGCUUCACCCAUAUGAUGAAUACAAAGCUCAGGGACAGGUUAUAUUGCAGCUGGCAGAGUCAGGUUCAUUUUUUAGUCAGGUUGAUUUAUUUAAAGUACGUGGCAAGUUUGCACUGUCAGAUGCUUAUGAAGAUCAUUUUCUACUCCCGAAAGGAAAAAUCCUUGUGGUCACUCAUCGAAGGGUUAUACUAUUGCAACAACCCUCCAACAUUAUUGCUCAGAGGAAAUUUAGCCCUGCAAGAGAUCCAUGUUCGGUGUUGUGGGAAGUGCUGUGGGAUGCAUUAGUGACAAUGGAAUUGAUUCAUGGAAAAAAAGACCACCCAAAAGCACCACCUUCAUGUCUUAUUCUUUAUCUACAGACUAAAUCAACAGAGUCAAAGGAUCAAGCUCGUGUUAUAAAAUGCAGUCACGAAUCCCACCAGGCUCUUGAGGUUUAUUCUUCAAUUGAACGAGCAAUGGGCACUUAUGGACCAAAACAAUCAAAGGCAACACCGAAAAAGAAAGUUACAAAACCAUAUGCACCAACGGCAGAUGGCACCAGUGCUGAAAUGCUUCCAAAAGAAGGGACAGGCCAAUGGUCUCCCCAACAGAUGCCUGCAUCAGUUCUUCCAAGAUCAACUUUUGGCAGUGGCACAAAUUGAUUUGAGAAACACAUCAGUGUCCACACUGAGAUGUGGUCCAUAGCUCUCUCUCCAUAUUUUAAGUUUUCCAGGACUCAUAAAAUAUGUCUGAAAGGUUUUGGAGAUUGUAAGUACAGGAAGGUUGUUUUCUACAAGGGAUUUAUCAAAAGCCAUCCAAUGAACCUUCUGCACAAGUCUUUAGACAACAAUAACAACCAUUGCCUUUCAUAGUUUUGAACAAAACGGAUACCAUGCUUGUAUAUGCAUAUAUUAAUACGUUUGUAAAAUCUGGAGCUUGUAUAGCAUUUUGCUCUUACUUGUAUAGGCCCAGAGCAUUCCUUUGUACAUGUAUUAUUUUGCAAAUCACAGAAAAUUUUGUCGGAAGGGUUCAAGAAGUGUGACUAAAUAUCAUUCAAACAGUUCCAAAAGAAAAGAAAAAAACAAUAAACAUACGAA